UUGUAGGUGGGAGGAUAUCGAGACGGUUGCAGCAGCGUUCAGGCAGCGCUGCAGCUCUUCGACACCCGGCGACGCUCUGAGGUGUCACAUCUACAUCUGCUGAUUGGUUCGAGGUGUUUGUGUGAAACUUUUUUGCUGAAGGCCUCUUUGCCGGUUUCCACCAGCAGCUGCAGAACAGUUUGAUCGACCCACACGCAUCGCUCGCAUCACAGCGCCGUGGAUUCUCUGCUGCCGGUUGGUUAGUGACUCACCUGGUUGAGACCAGUGCUUCAUCUCUGUGGACACACCUGACCUGAGCUGAUGGUCCUUCAUCACCUUCCUCAGAGGAAACGCUGAGGAAGAUCAGAGGAUCUGUGGCGGGAGGUGAAACACCAGCCGGCGACUCGACUCAGAAGGUGAUUGGGUGCAGCGAUGACAGAUAGAGAGAGUCAGUGACAAAGAGGGAGGGAGGAAGGAGGCUGUUGAAGGUGCAGAUCAGGCCGUCAGACGAGAAAGACAAAAGACGGAGAAAGAAAGCCAACAAGUGUUCAGACAUGGCAGAUGUUUGGUUACAGUAGUCGCCUCAUGUGGACCAGAUACUGUGGGGGGACACCAGACCAGCCGCAGGCCCCAGAACUUCACCGAUCCUCCGUCCUCCUCGUCACCACACAGCCGUCUCUCCAUCCGCUGCUUGUCCUCAGGCGUAGAUGAAACAUGGCCGUCAGCUGGCUCCUCUUGGUUAUGGCGGGCGCCGUCUUCGUCUCCAUGGUCCUCCUGGCUGUCGUGUGUCUGCACUGCAGGAACAAAGGCCCGCUGGUCUACAUCAGACAGGCCAAUCCUUCAGAGGAAUCCACAGAGUUCAGAGUCAUCCAUCCAUCCCAGCCGACCAUCGAUCGGAACUCCAUCCACCCUUCCUCCAACCAGCUGUCACCUUUCUCACUUUCAGCAGAUCCUGGAACCCAGCGGAGACACAGAUCCUUCACCCCGACAGAAACUGAUAGUAAUCCAAGUUACGAGAAUCCAGCUGACGGACCUGACUACGUGAACAGUGAGAGUGAUGCAGAGGACCCAGGAUACAUAAUCGUGCUCCCCGAAGGUGAAACUCCUCUGACCAAUCAGAGCAGAGCCUCGACACCCAGUUCAGAUGUUCUACAUGAUUAUGAAAACGUCCCAGAGAAGAAAGAUGCAGCUCCAGCCAACCCAGCAUCAGUCUUCAAUAGUCCAAACCUGCAGUCAGCUGAGGAAGAAGAAGAAGAGGACAGAGAGUAUCUGAACGUGGAUCCGCUGCACUUCCAAAGAUCUUCAUCAGAGUUAUCAGCUCAGAGCGACAGCGACAGCGACGACGACGAGGGGAACUACGUCAACGUGCACGAUGGGACGCAGACUGACUGAAGGACCGCACCGAGUCUCCACCUUUACGUCGUGAUGGUGUUUGUCCAAAAGUGCUGAGAGGAGGAAGUGAGGAUGGAGAAUGACGGUGGAGUUUGUCUGGUUUGUGAUCUGUGGGGGUAAAACAAGAUUCUGCCGCUGAGGUUUCAGUUUCAUCAGGUUUCUUAAAGCAGGACGGUGGUCGGACAAAUCCACCAGGGGCCAGAAACAGAAACCUACUGCACAGAGACAGAAAUAUGUCCUCAGUGUUUAUCAGAUUUAAAAAGCAAAGUGUGACCAUGAGCCUGAUUUCCACCCAGCAAAUAAACAUAACCGGAGAUUCGCCCUGAACCUCCUGCCCCCCCAACAGAUCCACAGUCCUUUGAUGAACACACAGAAAGGCUUCAGCAGCAGAGGGACAAAAACAAAGAGCUUCAUCUGAACGUCAGGAGUCACUUUAGUCCAGAACAAGAACUGGAUUUUGCCCCCCUUCACCUCCAGAUCGCUUCAAUCUCUGAAUCUCUGAGGGUUUUUAUCUGUUGGACAUUUAAAGACGUCACCUUGAACUCUGUGAGAUUAUGAUGAGCAGUUUUAAAUGUACAGCUCAGUGCAGGAGUGGAGGUCAGCUCUGAACCAUCCUGAACCACACCGAACCACCCCAAAUCACACCGAACCAUCCCGAACUACACUGACCCACACCAAACCAUCCUGAACCUUCCUGAACCUUCCUGAAUCACACGCAGCUUUUAGAGGUCGAGGAGCGUUGAUGUGCAUCCUUUUGCAGCCUUGCCAGCAGCUCUGUGAGGCCGGUCUUACGCCCCCUGCACAGAGACGUACCAUUCAACAGCUGUGCAGAUGUUUCACUGUGGACCAAGAGACAAACAUGGGCACACGUCCAUCCUGAGAGCAAGAACAAAGUGAACGUAUCCUUUAAUGGGAUGUUUUCUCUACAUGACUGUCCCGCAGACAGAUCGAACCUGGAACACAGGAACACUAAAUUAAAAGAAAACAGUCGGUUGGUCCACAGUGAAAAUCCCCAAAGACACAAAGACACGAUCACUUCCGUCAGGAUUCACCGAUCGAUUAGAGCUACUUCAGAAUCGAUCAGUUUGUUCUCCAGUUUUUACAUUUCUGUCCUCUAAAACCAUCUGUUUGUCUUCUUCCCAGGUUAACCCUGUCCUCCCAGCACCUGUCUCCUCAGCACCUGUCCUUCCUGUCCCCCAACACCUAUCCCCCUCAGUACCUGUCCUCCCUGGCCCCCAGCACCUGUCCUUCCUGUCCCCCAACACCUGUCCUCCCUGUCCCCCCAACACCUAUCCUCCUCAGCACCUGUCCUCCUCAGAAUCUGUCCCCAACAGCUCCUGUCCUCUAGUCCUCCUUAGCACCUGUCCUCCCUGUCCCUCCCAGCACCCGUCCUCCCUGUCCCCCUCAGCACCUGUCUCCUCAGCACCUGUCCUUCCUGUCCCCCCAACACCUAUCCUCCUCAGAACCUGUCUCCUGAGCACCUGUCCUCCUCAGCACCUGUCCUCCCUGUCGCCUCAGCACCUGUCCCCAACAGCUCCUGUCCUCUGGUCCUCCUCAUUACCUGUCCCACAUUGAGAGGGUUAGAUGGUGUCAGCAUGUUUUAGCUUUACUUUGAUCUUACUGACAACUCCUGAGAAUGUCUUAAAGUUUUUUACAGUGUAUUUAUGUGUUGUUACCAUGGUUACUGUUGUAUCUGGAUCUGUAAUCCACUUGUGUGAACUAGAAUUUUUUUAAGUAACUAUAAUUCAAUUAAACUUGAACAAAACUUUAAACUCUUCUAGAAUUCA